AGAAAAAGUAAGAUAUUACCAGCAGCACCACUGUAGCUAAGAAACCGUCGGCUGAAACAAAACUGGGUGCACCCACGCAUGCACGCACUGCCACAAACCCCGUAAAGUAAAACGUUUGGCGAUGUUUCCGUUGGACUCCAUCUGUUUUUAGUAAGUCCCAUUAAAUCCCUCUUCUCCAAGAAACUUAAAAGUCGAAAAUUAAACAUAUUUUCUUAUACACCCCACAAGGUUUUCUUGAUUGCACACCAAGUUAACUUUCAUCACAAGGUUCUUUAUUUCUCUAUACUAAGUCUUCCUUAGAGAGCAACAGCAACAGCAACAUCUCUUUGAUUCACUCUUUCAAUGGAAUCACCAGAUGCCUAUUCAAACCAACUCCAGCCUUCAGCUCAAAGAAAGAUCAUAAACUUUACUCAAUUUGAAGAAUUUUCCAACAAUUCGAAAUCAGGGACUAAUUAUGAAGAUCAGAUUCAUGAAGUUUCUUCAGUUUCUGAUUGUGAAAGUGGAAUUUUUGGGGUCGACAGUGAGCAAGAAAUAUUCCAUCUGUUCAACAGUGGCUUGAUCAGAAUUCAUGACGAGGACAAUUUAUACGAGAUAAUUAAGAAAAAGUUGGUUUCAAGUUUGAGUAGUGUGGGAUUGGAUGUUAAAAUUGAGGCCAUUCAUAAGAAUUCUUUUUCUGGCAUUAUGAAUCAAGCAAAAUUCCAGUCUUUUUGUGUUUAUUUAAGAGCCACAAAGGAAAGAUGUGGGGGCUGCCCAAAUGUUAAAUAUGCUUGGUAUUGUGCUUCCAAGAAUGAGAUCGACAGCAUUCUUUUACACGGUUUUGGCCAUUCUGUGAAUAGUGGAGUAUAUGGUCAUGGUAUCUAUCUCUCUCCAGCUGAUCACCCUGCUGAAAGUAUACAGAUGCCUGUUACUAAUGAUGACGAUGGGCUAAGGCACCUAUUGCUUUGCCGUGUUAUAUUGGGAAGGAUGGAGGUUGUUCGUCCAGAUUCGAAACAGGCUAAUCCAAGUUCCGAAGAAUUCGAUUCCGGGGUCGAUAAUUUGGUGUCUCCUAGAAAUUACAUAGUUUGGAGCACUCGAAUGAAUACUCAUAUCUUGCCAGAAUUUGUGAUCAGCUUCAGAAUUCCAUCUAAUUUUAAAAGAAAUCAAACGAUUCCGCCUCGUCUAAGAGUACCAAAUUCAGUAUGGAUACCGUUCCCGGAACUCAUAAAUGUACUUUCCAAGUUCUUACCUCCUCAGGCCAUCCAAUUGAUUGCAAAGCAUCACCAUAACCAGAGAGAGAAGAAAAUAACAAGGCGUGAAUUGAUUCAGAAAGUGAGAUCCAUAGCAGGAGACAAGUUGUUGGUUGCAAUUAUGAAAUCUUACAGUAACAAGAUGAAAACAUCACAAAGCAGCAGCUCAAGUAACUGAGAGAAGAAAUUUUGGAAGUGCAAGAGUCUUUUCUUUCGAGAUUAUUGCAAGUCUAGACCGAUGAUCAGCCUGUAUGUGAGGGAGUGUGUUAAUUUCGACUUUAGGAAUUUAUAUUAGAUGGUUCAACAUGAGCUCUGUAAUUAAGCCUCAACUCCUGGUUUGCUACAAGCCUUUAUUCCAGAAUAAUUCUCAAUCAGUGUAAUAAUUUUGUUUGUAUAUUGAGUCUUCUACAUUCUAAUC